UACUACUAGUUGCUUGCCGUGUGGGUUAUUGUGUUUUGUGGAUUGUAGAAUAUCUUUGCAUAGUUGUCUUUGCCAAGGUUCACUUUCCUGUAAUUUUUUUUAAUAAAAUAAUUUUGGGAGAGGACUGAGCCUCUCCCGAAAUGGAGUUCGCUUGCCCGGUAUGUGGUGUGAAGUUUUCGAGUGACGAUGAUCUUCAGAGGCACGUCCUCGACGUUCAUAAAAAUCAGAAAGAAGAAUCGAUUAAGUAUCAGUGUACUGCUUGUAAAAAGGCAUGGAGCAACUUCAACACUCUGAAAAAGCACCAGUUAACUUGUGGUGUACAAGCUAGUACUUCAGGAUCUGCUUCUGGUUAUAGUGGUGAACAAACAGAUGUGUUUAAGAGUGCUGUGCCAGUUGACGAAGACUCUUCUUUCUUACCGGAUCAUGGUGACAGUUUGGAUUGUGAUCGGUCUGAAACCGAUCCAUUUAACAACUCUUAUGAAGAUCGUCUCACUUCCUUGCAAGACGAACUUCAGGAUGAAGUUGUCCAAUUGCUUUGCGACCUCAAGGACAGCAAUGCAACUCAGAACACUAUUAAUAAAGUAGUUGUCGGCGUUGAAAAAAUAAAAACAAUGGUUCUCUCUAUUUGCGUGAAUUUACUUCAAGAAAAGGCCGGUGCAAGUGAAGUGUUGACUCUAAAUGAAGCUGUGGAAACUUUAGAGGACUUGAAAACAAUGUCUGUGUUUGAUAAACUUGCAAAGCCUGAUGAAUUUCUUGAUUACCUUGAAACCUAUGAAGGUCUGGUUAAGCCUGUUAAAGUAGUGCUUCAACAGCAGCAAGAAAUAGUUAACCAGAAACUAGUAGUUAAAGAUAAAGACUUCUUCUACCAAGUUCCAUUUCUGCCACAGCUGGAACAGCUCUUGAAUUGCCCUGAUGUGUUAAAAUGUGUAGAUAAUCCUGAAGAAACCGAUCAAUGGACAUACACAACUAUUACAAAUGGAAUUGCUUAUCGUAAACAUCCCGUUGUAUUGAAGUACAAAGAUAGCAAAUCAGAGGGCGAGGGCCCUCCACUGUGUGUUAUUCUUUAUCAUGAUGGAAUUGACCCUUCAGAUACAGCCUCUGCUAGAUCUGGGAAAAACAACAUGGUUUUCUUCUAUUGGACUCUUGGCAACAUUCACCCAAAGUUCAGAUCAACCAUCAAGGCCAUUCAACUGUAUGCAAUUGUUAAAAGUACUGACCUCAAGAAAUAUGGUUAUGCUCCUAUUAUGGACAACUUAAUUAAAGCCAUCAACGUCUUGUCAUCAACAGGUGUUAGUUUUAACCUGAAUACUCAAAAGAGAUUGUUCCAUGGCUUUCUUGAGUGUUCACUGGGUGACUAUCCUGCCCAAGCUGCUCUUAGUGGAUUCAAGAUGGCUGUUACAGCUGGGAAGCCCUGUAGAGAGUGUUAUGUAUCCAAUGAAGAAAAUUAUAUUGACAUCUCUGACUUAAAUAAGUUUCAACUUCGUGAUAUAUUUAACAGCAUAAGAAACAUUUGGAAGAAAUAA